AUGGGUUUGGGAAGUUACUUCAAAGCGAGCAAGCCUGCACCACCUGCAGCUACUGCUUCACCACGACAGUCGUCAACUGUCAUGACGGAAAAACCAGGUCCGGCAGAGUUUUCACAACAGUCUAGUAUGAACGCUCCACCCAGAGAUUCUCGAUAUGGCUCUUCAAGAGCUUCUCUUGCUCCAUCGAUACGAAGCAACAAGAGCUCCUUCAUCGACGAUAUCAAACAUGAAGUUAUGGUCAACUAUCUCUACCAGCAACAGUGUUCACAUCUCUGGGUCAGCGAUAGCAGCGGGGACUGCGAAGGUGUGCUGUUGAGAAAGGCUCGAAAUCACUAUCUUGCAUGCCCACCACAGCUGGCAAACUCGGUUUUGGCCAUGGCAUGUGCCGAGUUGAACGUUCAGGUAGCCAUGACCGUCAACUCGAGGGUUAUCAAGACUUUCAUGUCCUGGUCGCCAGACGCGAUAGAUGUACCGCUCAUGAACGGUCUUCGAGUCCAGAUCCUUCCCACAAUCGAUGAUAUUCCUCGAGCGAGAAAACAUCAAUUUGCUGCAUUCAUUGCUUCAGAAGCUCUACUCGUUGUCUGGGACGAUGAUCCGGCACAUUUGUUGGAACGAGCCAAGUCGAUUGAGGCUGAACUCAUGCAACUUGUUUGGCAAACUGGCGAGCAGACAGAAGAGGAGGACACCAAUGAGAAGAAGACUCCUCGUGUGACUGAGUUUGAGGUAGACGAGGAAUCUGGCGAGAUCAUUCCGGAGAAGCGACCGACAAAUUUGAUGAAUACCAUCCUCGUGGCCUUCACCUUGGUCAUCGUUGUCGUCAUGUUGGGUGCUGGUUUUCGUGCGGUGGCCAUCGAGACGAUCGUUGACAAAAACUACCUUCGAAUGGCUUUCGUUCUGCUCACCCCGGUACAGGUCUUCUUCACCUUGUUCUUUGCCCAAGUCAUUGUUGGUUGCAUUGCCCAAUGCAUUGGUCCUGUGCGUCAAAUGCAGCUCAAUUCGAAGUACUACUCCGCCAAAUGUUCGCCACGGCUGCAGAACCGCACCCUACCACACAUUACUGUGCAGUGCCCUGUCUAUAAGGAAGGUCUUGCAUCUGUCAUUGCUCCCACUGUCAAGUCAAUCAAGCAAGCUAUCUCCACCUACGAGCUUCAGGGUGGAUCGGCCAAUAUGUUUAUCAAUGACGACGGUCUGCAACUCCUUGGCGAAGAAGAACGACAAGCCCGUAUCGAAUUCUAUGUUGAUCACUCAAUUGGAUGGACGUCUCGUCCUAAGCAUGGUGUCGAUGGAUUCUUACGUCGCGGUAAAUUCAAGAAGGCAUCCAACAUGAAUUACGGUCUUAUGUUGUCUUGCAAUGUCGAAGAAAAGCUUGCACGCUAUCAACGAGGCGAAGAUUGGUCUCAAGCAGAUGAAGCUCAAGCUUAUGAAACCUGCCUCAAGGAGGUCCUCGAGGAAAAUGGACGUGCAUGGGCUGAUGGCAAUAUCCGUAUCGGUGACUACAUCCUUUUGAUCGAUUCUGAUACUCGUGUUCCCUCCGACUGCCUCCUCGAUUCCGUGUCGGAAAUGGAGCAAUCCCCCAAUGUUGGUAUCAUGCAAUUUUCCUCUGGCGUUAUGCAGGUGGUGAACAAUUACUUCGAAAACGGCAUCACCUUCUUCACCAAUCUGAUCUACACAGCCAUCAAAUAUACAGUCGCCAACGGCGACGUCGCCCCUUUCGUCGGCCACAAUGCCAUCCUUCGCUGGGCCGCCAUCCAACAAGUGUCGUACACUGACGAAGACGGCUACGAGAAGUUCUGGUCCGAAUCUCACGUCUCCGAGGACUUCGACAUGUCACUUCGUCUCCAAUGCGAUGGAUACAUUAUCCGCCUCGCUUCCUGGGCCGGGGAAGGCUUCAAAGAAGGUGUCUCCCUAACCGUGUACGACGAAUUAGCACGCUGGGAAAAAUACGCCUACGGCUGCAACGAGCUCCUCUUCCACCCAAUGCGCAAAUGGAUCUACAAGGGCCCCUUCACCCCUCUAUUCCGCCGCUUCCUCUUCUCCAACAUCCGCUUCACCUCCAAAAUCACCAUCAUCUCGUACAUUGGCACCUAUUACGCCAUCGGCGCCGCCUGGAUCAUGACCACGGCCAACUACUUCGCCAUCGGCUGGUUCAACGGCUACCUAGACAAAUACUACAUCGACAGCUGGAAGGUGUGGUUCAGCAUCGUCAUCGUCUUCAACGGGCUCGGCAACAUCGCGCUUGCGGUGAUGCGGUACCGCAUCGGAGAAAAAUCCUUCUUCGGCUCGCUCCUGGAAAACAUCAAAUGGAUCCUCAUGCUCGCCAUCUUCCUCGGCGGGCUCUCCCUUCACGUCUCCCAGGCCCUGCUGUCUCACAUGUUCGAGAUCGACAUGACGUGGGGCGCCACCAGCAAAGAGGCCGAGUUCUCCAACUUCUUCAUCGAGGUGCCCAAGGUGGUCAAGAAAUUCAAGUACUCGAUCGGCUUCGCGCUGUUCGGCAUCGCCGGCAUGAUCGUCCUGGCCACGGGCAGCUACAUCCCCUAUUCGUGGCGCAUCAAGGAUUUCGUCGCCAUCCUCCCCAUGGCCACGGUGACGGGCAGCCAUCUGUUGUUGCCGAUCGUGCUGAAUCCGGCGUUGAUGACUUUCUCGUGGUAG